AAAUGUUGGGGGUCUAUCGCCAAUUACACGACGAGAAACUACUGUUUUGUUAUGGAGAUUGCUGCACUUGCUCGACUACUUUGAUCUCAUGUGCUGCUGUAAUCGCGUGUCGGUGUAAUCAGUAUAAACCUACCCAUACGCCCCGAAAGUUAUCUAAACCGAAUAGAUCGCUCGACGCUAUAAAAAGAGAACAGACACUGCUGUUUGAACUCAGUCCAGAAUUUACACCUAAUACAGACGGCACACGGAUUGGAACUACUCAGAAUGCCGUACAGGCCAGCAAGCUAUUACGAUGCUGAUCGCAAGAUCUGGAGCGGAGACCAAUUGGAAUGCUACUUUGACCCACAUCUGUCCAUCGGAGAGAUUAUAUUCAACGAGAUGCGGAGGCAUCCACAGCUCAUCGCUCAGAUCUCGGCCACGGAGAACACGAUAUUGACCAGGGCGGAACUCCAGGCCAAUGCAAUGCACAUUGCCAGCUAUAUGCGAUCUUUGGGCCUCCUUCAAAUGGAUAUAGUGGGCAUUAUAGCGAGGAAUACCACCCACAUUUCAGCAGUGGCCUAUGCCUGCUUCUUCAACGGCAUUGCCUUUCACUCGCUUAACAUCUCAUAUGAACAAAGUACAAUCGAAAAGCUAUUUAGCAUCACCAAGCCAAAUAUCAUUUUUUGUGAUGGCGAUGAGUUUGAAAAGGUCCGAUCUGCCACGGCACAACUGAAUGUAAAGAUAAUCACCAUGCGUAAUCAUCCGUCGGGUUCUAUAAGGAUCGAUGAAGUCCUGGCAACUCCCAUUGAAAAAAACUUCCAGCCAGUACGACUGGAACGGGGCAACGACCAGACUCUGGCCAUUCUCUGUUCCUCAGGCACAACGGGCAUUCCAAAGGCAGUAACAAUAACCAACAGCCGACAGAUCUUUAAUUCCAGCCAUUCCUUAACCACCAACGAUGUUCAGUACAGCCAUAGUACUCUCGACUGGAUUACGGGUCUGCUUACCACUGUAACAUCCGGGGUAUUCAGCACCAAACGUAUUAUAGCAGAUAAUAUCUUCGAUCCGGAAUUUUUCAUGCGACUCGUAGAAGAGCAUCAGAUCACGUGGAUAAUUCAAGCUCCUUCCCACAUGGCUAUGAUGGUCAACUCUCCCUCGUUCUCCACCGCCGACCUGUCGAGCUUGAGGUACUACCUUUUUGGGGGGUCACGGUCUUCGGUAGAGACACAGCAUCGGAUCAGGAGUCGCCUGAGCAAGGAUUGUCUACACUUUGCGUACGGCUUUACAGAACUGGGCAGCAUGGCCGCCUUGAACUUGCACUUCGAUGAGAAGCCGAACUCGGUGGGUCGUUUGGUGGCGGGACUUAAGCUUAAAGUGAUUUGUGAAAUGGGUGAAUCCCUUGAGCCCGAUGAGGUGGGUGAGCUGUGCCUCUGGAAUGGUCAAUACUGGGCCGGAUACUAUGGCAAUCCGGAGGAAACACACAAGAUGAGAGACCACCAUAACUGGUUCCACACAGGGGACCUGGGAUACGUGGAUGACGAUGGCUUCAUAUACAUUGUGGAGCGCAAGAAGGACAUGCUUAAGUUCCAGAACAUCAUGUACUAUCCCAACGAAAUCGAGAGAGUCAUCUCAAAGAUGCCAGACGUCGUCGAAGUCUGUGUAUUCGGGGUGUGGAAUGAGAUCAACGGUGAUGAGGCCACCGCGGCUGUGGUCAAGAAGCGGGGGAGUACUCUCACGGCCCAGGACAUUGUGGACUAUGUAGCCACCCAUAUCGAUGCCAAGUACAAGCAGUUGAACGGAGGUGCCAUCAUCGUGGAGGAUCUGGUGCGCAGUCCCAAUGGCAAAACCAACCGCAUGGCAAACAAAGCAUUUUUCUUGGAGGCCAAAAGUUCAGCAAAAUAUUGGAAGCCACGGACGGCAAAUGCCCGGAACUUGUCGGUCGGUCGCCAGUUGCUGGAGAACCGUUAUUCGAUCCGGACCCGGAUUCACGCCCGGACAAAAAACCGUUUGUUGAUACCCGGGCUAGGCUUAUCAGUCACCGCAAUGGAUCGCUCGACCACGCAAUUCGAUAAAUACACCAAAAUUUGGAGUGGACCAAGGCCAGCCAGUUUCUUCGAUGUGGACUGUUCGAUUGGUAAAAUUAUUUUUGCCUUUAUGCGGAAUCAUCCGAACAGCAUAUGUCAGAUUUCCGAUACGGAAGGCACAGCCCUAACCAAUGGCGAAGCUAUCACCUUUGCCAUUCGCAUUGCCCAGCAACUGAAGGCUAUGGGUCUGAAACAGGAUGAUGUGGUGGGCAUCAUGGGGACCAACACUACCUACCUCAUGCCAGUGGUAUUGGGAUGUCUGCUGAAUGGAACACCCUUCCAUGCGGUUAGUCCCUGGCAAGACGAGGGUACCAUAAAGCAUCUGUUCUCCAUCACCAGGCCAAAGCUAAUCUUCUGCGACGGAAAAUGCUUCCAGCGACUGAGCAUCAUAGCCAGGAUACUUAAGAGCCAUGUCUACACGCUCAAGGAUCAUCGACUGGGCAUGCCGCGAGUCGAGGAUUUGCUGGAGCCAACUAGAGCUGAGCUGUACUAUGUACCCGAAACACUUCUACUGGGAGGUGAUCAUACAGUCGCUAUUCUCUGCACUUCGGGAACUACUGGUCCUCCAAAGGCCGUUUGCAUAAGCAACUCAGCGUGCCUCUUUGAUUUCGGCUUUGUUACUGGCCAGGAUGUGCUGCUCUCCUUCAGCACCAUCGACUGGUCGGCGGGUAUGUUCAACAUGCUCUUCAGUUGCUGCCAUGGCUCUACGCGGAUAAUCACGGAUCGGCCAUAUACGCCGGAGUAUAUGAUCCAGUUGGUGGAGAAGUACAAGGUGACCUUGUUGACAGUGGUGCCGCAGCAGGUGGCCUCCCUGUUGAAGACGCCCACCCUCAAUAAGCAGCGCCUAGCCAGCAUACGUUUCGUCAGCGUUGGCGGUGGCUCCUGCUAUGUGGCCAAUCUUCUGAAGCUGCAGGAGUUCCUGAGCACCGGGCAGAUAUCCUACGGCUAUGCAUUGACCGAGUGCGGAGGUGUGGCGGCAAAUAUGGGCGUGGCGAAGCCAUCAUCGGUGGGCAGGAUUGUGCCCGGAGUGAGGGUUAAGAUCUUGGACGAAGCCGGCCGAAGUCUGGGACACGGUGAGACGGGUGAGAUCCUGGUGCACAAUGGCAAGGUCUGGAAUGGCUAUUAUGCCAAUCCCAAUGAAUCGAAGCGAAUGCAGGACUACCAGGGCUGGUUCCACACUGGAGAUAUGGGCUACUUCGACAACGAAAACUACCUGCAUAUCGUGGAGCGAAAGGAGGAUCUUCUGCGCUUCCAUGGCGCCCAGUAUUGCCCCCAAGAAAUUGAGCAGGUCAUCGCUGAGCUGCCGGACGUGAUCGAGGCCUGUGUCUUUGGCCUGUGGAACGAGGUGGAUGGUGAUCCUGCGGCGGCGGCUGUCGUCAAAGUACCUGGCAGUCGUCUCACCGAAAUGGAUAUCGUGGAAUAUGUGGCCAAGCGCCUGGUGGUCGACCACAAGCAGCUUCACUGCGGCGUCUUCUUUCUGCCCGAGCUGCCAAAAACUGGAAGCGGCAAGGUUCUACGUCAACAGGCACGCGAUCAGGCACUGGGUAAAAAAUGGGUCGAUCACGGCAACGGCCACUAAUCUUUUCAUAGACAUAAUUCUGUUAGGCUUAAAAACAAUUAGUUAUUACCAACGGGUGACUCAUCCAGUCAAGACAUCAAGAACUGCCGAAAAAAAAUAAAACACGCACACAAACAUAA